CAACGCGUUGCGCGCUCACGACCCUCGCACGCACGAGAUGGACUUGAGGAAGACUAAAUUCGGAAGGUUCAUGAACUGCAGGGCGCCAUCCAGCAAGAGAUAUCAGCCCACCGACUAUGAACAUGCCGCAAACUGUGCCACACAUGGGGUCAGACAAACACACACACACAGACACACACACACACACAGAAACACACACUCUCUCUCUGUCCAGGCCUCCUCUUGGGUUUUCUGCGUUCGUCAGUCAAGGGAAAAGAUGGAUUGCGAGGAAUGAGGCAACAUGGGGCGGAUUUUUUGGCUGAGCUUUGGAGGCAGAGGUCUAUAAUCUGUGAUUCAUCCUGUAGCUUUCUCUAAUCUGCUGUAAUCCCUGUGCUCUUCUGCCUCCGAGAGAGCAAGACAGCGUGAAUGGAGCAGACAGACAGGAUGAAAACAGAGUGCAAACACGACCAUAAUUACUGUAAAGCCUUGAAUGGGGCAGGAUUUACUGAGGUUGUAUUUGUUGUAAUUUAUAUAUUCACACAUUCACGGGCUGCCAACUUGCCAUGUUUCUGUGGAGUUUGCGGAAUCAGUGACAUUAAUUCUGAAAGUGGACAUUUAGUGAAAUAUUCCUGUUUGUUUUGAUGAGAGUCGCAGGAGGAAAUUGACACCGCGGUCGUGUCUGCAAGUUCAACAUGAAGCCGCCUCUACGGCAGAAUGUUUUCUGAGCCUGGUAUAAAUAGAGGCAAUGGGGGAAACAGCUCGACCUGCUUCUGCUCAAACAAAACAAAAUCCCUCAGGUUAGAGUGCUGCAGGAUUUAUUGUGACUUCCAGGACGUCGUUACUGUAACGUUGAAGAAAUAAUUUGUCCGGCACAUUUACUACAAUUUGUCAUUUUUACACUUUGUUGUGUGGAUCGAAGAAAUUAGAGAAAACAUGUUAAUGCAGAUGUUUUGGACAGAUGUUUUGGCUAACUGUUUCCCCCUGUUUCCACUCUUUAUGCUAAGCUAACAGGUUUCUGGUGUCAAAGACAAUUAAGUUAACUGUAAUAAACUUGCCUGUUAUUUGCUACAUUCCCAGUAAUUUUAGGUAUUUGUAUUCCUCUGUGCCAGCGUGAACAUGACACGUGAAGUUCUGACCAGUUUAAGAACCUUGAACUGUUUAACCGAUAAGAUUUCGGUGGCCAAAGGUCAGAGGUCAUGGUUGAUGGAGGCGUGCAACUGGAGGGCAGUCAUUGUAUUGUGGAUCUUACCAAGUCUGGUGGGCGUGUCGGUGCUCUACUUCCUGUCCGUGGACCAGUGGCAUCGUGUCGCCGCCUGGCUCUACGGGAGCGGACUCACCGGCCUGUUCGUCACCUCAACACUCUUCCACACGGCUGCAUGGAAAAUUAGCCACCUCCGGAGAGUGGAGCAGCGUUUCCACAUGUGUGACAGAAUGGCCAUCUACUUCUUCAUCGCUGCUUCCUAUUCGCCCUGGUUGAUGCUGAGGGAGCUGGGGCCCUGGACGUGCCACAUGCGCUGGCUGAUCUGGGUCAUGGCCUGUGUAGGAUCCACGUACGUCUUCUUUUUCCACGAGAGGUACAAGCUGCUGGAGUUGGUGGGAUACGUGGCCAUGGGGGCUGUUCCUGCUGCGGUCAUCCUGUCCAUGAUUCCUCUGAUGUGUUACAGGUGGAGCGCUCUGGCGUGUGUGAACUGGCGGUGGGAGGUGUCUUCUACGUGGUGGGGGUGGUCUUCUUUAAGAGCGACGGCCUGGUCCCGUUCGCCCACGCCAUCUGGCAUCUAUUUGUCGCAGCUGGAGCAGGAAUUCAUUAUUACGCCAUCUGGAGGUACCUGUACGUGCCCGGGCCGCUGCUGCUGCACACGGCGAGGUGACCGGCCGCGCUCGGCUGGAGUCGCAGGGUCCGACAGGAAGUGACACGACCAAGAGAAGAGUGUUUGAGUGGUGAGAUCACUGGGUUUCCUGUUGACCCUCAGCACCGACCUACAGCUGAGGAUCAGGUGACUUUCUCCCCAGGUUGGACCAAAACCCCUUUAGCGUUUAGUUACUGUGUGAUUUGGCCAAACCUGUAAAGACUGAUGAUAAUUUAUGAUUUUACGACACAGAAAUGUAUAAUUCUGAUUAAAAAUGCUUUUGAUCACAAGGACCAACUCUUUACAAGAAAGGAAGUAAAAGUCAAACUGUUCCUCGACAAAACCUCCUCAGCUUGUAAACUUGUGCCAAAAUUGACCAGACACACAUUCCUUAACAGCGGUGCUCGGAGCCAGAUGUGAACGGAGGAAUUCAGUGACACAGUUGCACUGAUUUUUAAUUUCCUCUAACCUACUUUUGCACAUCUUCAAAAUAUGAAAGUGUAGUCAGCCGAUAAACUUCAAAGUCAAAGUUUACAGUUUCAGUUUUUAGGGCCGAUUUUUAUUGCAUUUGCCUCUGAGAGCAUUUCAAAAUCAAAACUGUGAGUCCAACAUCUUUGCUGCCGCUGGUCUUUGAUUGUCACAGGUUAAUUCAACUGCUGUCACCAAGUAUUAUCUGAGGGACACAUUAAUAUGAACAAACCUGAUGAGAGAAUACAGUUAAAACACAAGGAAAACGGACGAUAAACAGACCCGUUGUGAUUUUAAAUUUGAUUGUGAACCGUACAAAAUCUGUUCUCAUGGUUUUUACUGUAAUGUGAUUUAAGAAAUCUGAGCGCUACUGUAACUCGGACAAAUGAUAGUUCAACAAACCUGCGAGGCUGUUUGCAUUGAUUGUUUAGAGGACGAUGAUUAGCAGGACUCUUUAACUGAUUAUCUUCGCGCACUUUUCUAUCGACAGCAGGCACGAUUCAAGAAGAAUUUCAUGAAAUCCUCUGAAAAUGAACGAAUUAACACAUGGGGAUUAAAUAUAUGUAGAUUAUAUAUAUAUAUAUAUAUAUAUAUAUGCAAAUUUCUACUAUUUUUAUACUUCUUCCAGCAUUGUAUAGAUCACAGUUUUCAGGUCUUCCCUAAACUCUAGUAGUUCAGCAGAAUCUGUUUUAUCAGAGCACUUACUCAGGAUUUUUAUUUUUGAAAUCAGAUGAUCUAUUUUGUAAAAUGUUAAGUCUGUGAAAUCACUGUAAUAAAAAGAGAAAUGAUAUGA